AUGACGUUAUUCGCGCCCACUAACGCCGCAUUCCAGAAAUACAACCGAGAAAUGGAUGACUUUCUAGUCCUAUAUCACAUAUCAAAUCUAGCCACAACCCUGUCAAAUUUGGACUACUCAAUAUCGUCGGAACUCGACGGCAACCCUCCCUUGUGGGUAACGAGACGACGGGAUCGACUUCAUGAUGACAUUUACGUCAAUAACGCUAAAGUAGACGUGUCGAGAUCGUAUCAAGCCACCAAUAGAAACGGCAAGAGACAGGUUCUUCAUGUCAUUGAUCAAGUACUGCGACCGCUUUUACCGCAUGGACCCAGCUCUAUUGGUUCACCUGUUUACAAUCCUAAUGCAUACCAGUUCCUGGAACACUCAGAUGUCUUUGAUAUAAGUCAACAUCGUCUAAGGUCGUUCCGGCAAAAAGUUAAUCAACUGCAAAAGAAAGACGUUUUCAACGCCGACGGACGACACACUUUCUUUAUUCCCGUAGAUGAAGGAUUCAAGCCUACCACGCGUUCGGACCUAAUAGACGCGAAAGUGGUCGAUGGACACGUGAUACCGCAACAAGUACUGUUCACACAUGCGACCCCCGACAGCAAGGAUUUCGAAAGCAUGGCGUUUAGCGACAAUGUCAAGGUCAUCAUAUCCUUCAGCACUGCGAUGAAUGGAAAAGAGGAGUUGACUUACGUAAAGUCAAACACAGUAGCAGGAGAUACGAAACACACCCGUGGCGUGGUUUUAGCUGAGAUUGUGAGAGCUAACAUCCCAGUGAAGAAUGGAGUCGUACACCUCAUUCAGAGACCACUUAUGGUCGUCGACACUACAGUUGUUGAUUUCUUGAAGGAAAAGGAAGAUGGUCCGCUAUGUAAAUUUUACGAAGUAAUAAUGGAUUUGGGCGAAAAGAAUCAGUUCCUUAACGAACUCAACCUGGCGAAAGAUAUAACUCUGUUCGCUCCCUCCAACGAUGCUUGGAAUGAAAACAGUGUUCAGAAUAUACUCAGGGACCAUCAAAAGCUGCGAGAUAUUUUGAGCCUACAUUUGGUACGAGAGAGAUUGCCGCUCGACGUUAUUAUACAGAAUAACAUGAAUCAGAUAUAUCAAGCCCCGACAGCUUUUCCAAGAAAGUACCUAUACUUUAACGUAUUGAACGCUGGGAACAAUCAGACCUUGACUGUAGAGGGUGGUGGUGUGAAUGCUACAGUGACGCAACCGAAUAUAGCAGCUACCAAUGGCUUCGUACAUAUCAUAGACCGCGUGCUGGGAGUCCCAUAUACUACGGUGUUUGAGAAAAUGAAGACUGAUCCUAUGCUAAAUGUAACCUACAAGCUCGGCAAACGACAGAUGUUUAACCACCAAUUAAAUGACCUGGAGCAUCGCUACACAUACUUCGUGCCACGGGACCACGCAUGGCUCAAAUUCCAAAUAAAACAUCCCUCAGCAUACAACGCAUUAUUUAAAGAAGAUUUUGGGUACUAUACCAAACAGAUAUUGGAGAGACAUCUAAUUCGUGCGGGUCGGGCAUACACAAUUUCGGACCUCAAAGUACUAGCGAAUGAAACGCAUCCCUUUGUUCUGCCUACAGCGCGGGACCCACUCAGACUAAGAGUCAAGGAGUCGGACAAAAAUUACUACGUGGAAUGGAACGGGCACUGGAUACACGUGUUCCGCCCGGACGUGGAGUGCACUAAUGGUAUCAUUCACGUUCUCGAUGAGCCCUUCGUCCUUGAAAGUGAUAUAAGGGCUACAGGCGACGCCCGCGCAUUGACACACAGCCUCGCCGUUCUACUGAUGUCCUUCCUUUUCGUUAGAAUCAUUGAAGAAUAA